AUGGAGAUUUUUGGUCCAAGAGGAUGCAUUGACAUGGGCAUAUCAGCAAACUCAACGCUGGCUGCUGUUAUGGCCAGCAAUCGAAGGAGGACACAUCGCAACCCGCUGCUAAAUAAAGUGGAGGAGGAAAUUAAGCAACAAAAGGACAAACGGGUUCAGGGAGAACAUGACAAAAUGCUGUGGCGUGGAAAAGGAGGGAACUACAAAAAUAUUUUUGUAACUCAGGAAACAUGGGAUCAGAUUCGUGGACAGAAGGUUUAUUGGAACUUGCACAAAGGGAUCUGGUUUUCAUUUGCAACACCGAAAUACUCUGUCAUCACCUGGCUUGCCGCAAAAAAUAGACUUUCAACCGGCGAAAGAAUGAUCAAAUGGAACCUCAAUACAGCUCCUGGUUGUACUUUCUGUGCAGAGCCUCUAGAGACUCGGCAACAUCUCUUCUUUGAAUGCCCUUAUACGGAGCAGAUCUGGAAGGGAUUGGUUGGUGGGAUUAUGAAUGCCGAGUACACUGCCAAGUGGGAGGAGAUUCUGGAGUUUAUAACAAAGCCGGCAACAAACACGACGAAGGAAUUUAUUAUCAGGUACACCUUCCAAGCUUUGCUUCACACAAUGUGGUGCGAACGGAACAACAGGAGACACGGAGAACCACAUGUUCCAGGAGACAUCCUUGCCAAGCGUCUCGAUGUGAUGCUCCGAAAUAGACUCAGCACAAUACGCAGAGAGAGAGUGAAGAAAUAUGAAGAUGGGCUGCAAACUUGGUUUGCUACAAGGAUUCCAUAA